UGUUUCUUGAUAACGCGAGAUUACUCUUCUUUUUGUCAGGAAAAGGAAGCUAAAAUAUCCUCUAAUCAAUAAAUGUGGCCGUAAUUUCUUCUUUACAAUGUAAAAACUCUCAUUAAAAUGAGUAAGGGUCGUUUGAAAGACAGGGACCAUGAGCAGAUUUGGCCUUUUAUGGCAUCAUGUUUCCAUGCUAUGAAUACCUAGGACCAGGAACUGAUGUAAACAAUGAGAAGAAAACACUUGGUGGCCAUUGUGGUGGUGAUUUUUCUCACCUGGAAUUUGCUGAUGUAUUACAUGCUAGUCUCAAAGAACCCUGGAAAGACUGGUUCUGGCUCAGUAGAAGACCAGUUAAGAGGUCUCCAAGGUGACAUCCAUCGACAGCUCUCGCAAAAUUCGGAACUGCUGCAACAGCUACGUAAGUUUCGAGAGCAAAAAUUAGCAGAGAAACUUGACAGAGAAAUCCAUAAGACAACCACACCUGUUCCAUUUAACAUCGACAAAAUCAUCCUUCCCAUCCUUCUCAUCGCCUGUGAUCGGACGACGGUCAGUCGUAGCCUGGAUCUCCUCCUCAAAUACAGACCAAAUAAAGACAAAUUCCCCAUCAUUGUAAGUCAAGACUGUGGACACAAACCUACUGCUGAUGUCAUACAACGCUACGUGGUGGAUCAUGGAAUCCAACAUAUUAAGCACCCAAAUUUAAGUGAUAUUCACCUUCCCUGGCCACAGAAGAAGUUCCAGGGUUACUACAAGCUGAGUCGUCACUAUAAAUGGGCGCUCAAUCAGGUGUUUCACACCUAUAAUCAUUCUGCUGUGAUUAUUGUAGAAGAUGACUUAGACGUUUCCCCUGAUUUUUAUGAGUAUUUUUCUGCAACAUUCCCUAUCCUGCAUCAGGACCCGAGUCUGUGGUGUGUGUCAGCGUGGAACGAUAACGGCAAAGUGGAGAUGGUGUCUGAUGAUGCAGAAUUAUUAUAUAGAACUGAUUUUUUUCCUGGUCUGGGCUGGAUGAUGGAAAAGUCCACCUGGCUGGAACUAGGACCCAAAUGGCCAAAUGCAUUUUGGGAUGAUUGGAUGAGACACCCAGACCAGAGGAAGGGUCGGGCCUGUAUCAGGCCUGAAAUCUGCAGGACCAGCACAUUUGGCAAGAAAGGGGUCAGCAAGGGGUUAUUUUAUGAAAAGCAUCUCAAAUUUAUAAAACUGAAUAACAAGUUUGUGCCUUUUACAAAGAAGGAUCUUACAUACUUAAUGAAGGAUAAAUAUGAUGCAUAUUUUACAAAGCUGGUGAAAGAGACACCAGAAGUGACAGUAGCAGAAGCCAUGUCAGGUCAUAGGUCAAACCUGAAGGCCUUAAAAAUUUUAUACUCUACCAAAGAAGAAUUCAAAUCCACAGCCAAGAAGCUUGGCAUUAUGGACGACUUCAAGGCUGGAGUCCCAAGAGUGGCAUACAAUGGUGUGGUCAGUUUUAUAUACCGUGGACAGAGGAUCUACCUGUCCCCGCCCCCAAACUGGAAGGGGUAUGACCUCAAGUGGUCAUGACACCUGCUGGACAUAGUAUCAAGUCAAAUCCAAGAGUCAUACCAAGGGUACCACUAUACGUAAAUGCAGAUCCAAUAAUGU